GGUGACAGCUAGGACAUGUCUCGGGAGUUGCAAGAUGUGGACCUCGCUGAGGUGAAGCCUCUGGUGGAGAAAGGAGAGACCAUCACCGGCCUCCUGCAAGAGUUUGAUGUGCAGGAGCAGGACAUUGAGACCUUACAUGGCACUGUUCAUGUCACACUCUGCGGGACGCCCAAGGGAAACCGACCCGUCAUCCUCACAUACCAUGACAUCGGCAUGAACCACAAAACUUGCUACAACCCCCUCUUCAACUAUGAGGACAUGCAGGAGAUCACCCAGCACUUUUCGGUCUGCCAUGUGGAUGCCCCCGGGCAGCAGGAUGGGGCUGCAUCUUUCCCUGCUGGGUACAUGUACCCCUCCAUGGAUCAACUGGCUGAAAUGCUUCCUGGAGUCCUUCACCAGUUUGGACUGAAAAGUGUUAUUGGCAUGGGAACUGGGGCUGGCGCUUACAUCCUCACUCGAUUUGCUCUGAACAACCCUGAGAUGGUGGAGGGUCUCGUCCUCAUCAACGUGAACCCAUGUGCAGAAGGCUGGAUGGACUGGGCUGCCUCAAAGAUUUCCGGAUGGACCCAGGCUCUUCCAGACAUGGUGGUUUCCCACUUCUUUGGGAAGGAGGAAAUGCAGAAUAACGUGGAGGUGGUCCACACCUACCGCCAGCAUAUCGUCCAUGACAUGAACCCUGGCAACCUGCACCUGUUCAUCAACGCCUAUAACAGCCGCCGGGACCUGGAGAUUGAGCGGCCCAUGCCUGGAACCCACACGGUCACCUUACAGUGCCCUGCUUUAUUGGUGGUUGGAGAUAAUUCACCUGCCGUGGAUGCUGUGGUGGAAUGCAACUCAAAAUUGGAUCCAACAAAGACCACACUCCUUAAGAUGGCGGACUGUGGCGGCCUGCCCCAGAUCUCCCAGCCAGCAAAGCUCGCUGAGGCCUUCAAGUACUUCGUGCAGGGCAUGGGCUACAUGCCCUCGGCCAGCAUGACCCGCCUGAUGCGGUCCCGCACAGCCUCGGGCUCCAGUGUCAGCUCCCUGGAGGGCACCCGCAGCCGCUCCCACACCAGCGAGGGCACCCGCAGCCGCUCCCACACCAGCGAGGGCACCCGCAGCCGCUCUCAUACCAGUGAGGGUGCCCGCCUGGACAUCACCCCCAACUCUGGCGCCACCGGGAACAAUGCUGGGCCAAAGUCCAUGGAAGUCUCCUGUUAGGUGACCUGUGGAAAUGGCCACCCCUGAACUCUGAAUUGCUGUAGCUUCCCUUCCUUCAGCCCUUUCCUGUACCUCCACCCGCGCCUGCCACACACCACAUAUAACUCGGUAUUAAUCCAAAGCUUAUUUUGUACGAGUGAGCUCUGGUGAGAACAAAGCUAGAUUUGGUUUGUCGAGGGCACCCUUUGGAACGAGGAUGGGUGGGUGGACCAAAGGAAAUGGAGCAUCAGUGUCCUGUUUCCAUGAGUGAGCAGCCUGUGCUACUGUCCUCCACAACCCCCAUCCCACAGAGACCCCCCACAUACUGCCAAAAACAAGAAACACAGUGGUCAACACUUCAUAGACUUCGGCUAGGCUGACCUGCGCAUCCUGAUUUCAAUAGGCGAUUUGUUGGAGAGUGUGGCCCACCUACGUCCUGUUUCCUCUCCAACUCAAGCCAAGAACCAGCCAGUUUCUGGAAACAAAAGCCUUUCGGAUUUGGGGAGGGGGAGAACAGCAAAUUGUGGGGAACUCUUUGAACUUGGCCAAACAGGAAGUGGGUAAAAAAAAAGAUGGAAUUUAUAUGUGGAGGCCAGCAGUGUUUGGAAUCUGCUUAGUUAACAUUAAAUAAUAGAUUUUUUUAAAAGUGGGUGCAUCUCUCCACUUUUUAUGCCAAAGCACACGUCUGUUUUUCUGGCUGCCCCUGAAAGGGCAGACAAAGUAUGCAGCAGGGUCUUCAGGCUCUGCAAGGAAACUGGUAUGAAAACACUGGGAUUUAAGGCUUUGGCUCAUCUGUUUUCUCCUCCCUGGCCCCUUCUUCCCACCCCCAGUCCAUGAGUGAGUGACUUUUAUUGUUCAUGAGAGAGAGCAUUUAUAGUUGUAGUUGCUUUCUUUGACAUGGGGAAUUAUAUUUUGAACAGCUGGGCUUGACUGCGAUAAAUAUUCAGGCCUUGGGAGAUAGGGUAUUGGGGUGGGGGUGAUCUUCCAGUUACUAGAUGUGAGGAAUUCUUGUAGAUGUGGUGGAAUUUAAUGCAGUUAUGACCUCAGGCCAACCCCGCCUGGUUCCCAGGAAUCUGGUGUGACUGUGUGAAAUCCAGCUUCCAGUCUUGGGCAGUUGGGGUUGAAUCUGAGCUUGACAGCUGGAUGUUUCUGUUAAUGUUGACCUAUCUCCAGAUGGCCCCGUUUGCUCCUGGAAGGAGUGGGGAUUCACACGGGACAUGGAGAGUGGCAGUGAGGAUUUGGAAUGUAUAUCCUAUGGGUUUUUCUUCCCUCCUCUUCCCUUUUAACUUCCUUUUGUUGAAUGGAUGGCACCACUGACAUUCCUGGGCAACACUGGCAAAGUUGCCCAAUCCUGUGCUACUACUGCCUUUUGAUUUUCAUUUUGGCUAACCAUGGAUCUUUUUAGAGGAAGUUGGACCAGAGUUAGUGGACCGUUGCUGAAUCAGCUGCUAGGGCCCAAUGGUUUCUGGGGUCCUAGAGUUGGCAGAAGGAGAUUGUCCAGCCUUUUAGGUCACUAGAAGACAGUGACUCAGUUUACCUGCCACCUACCACCUGGGAGACUUCCCCUGACUGGGUAGAAAGAACAGGGGUCAGGGCAGGAGAGAGAAAACUUAUGUAUAAGUCAUUCCAGAGGAGUUUCUUAAUGAGAUAUUUGUAUUUAUUUCUGGACCAAUAAAUUUGUAACUUUGCA